UUCAGAUAAACUUGAUCAAAUUAAGCAGAUCUUGUUACACAGAAUCUAUGGCUUUGAAACGAAUCAAUAAGGAACUGCAAGACUUGGGACGAGAUCCGCCAGCACAAUGUUCUGCAGGACCAGUUGGAGAUGACAUGUUUCAUUGGCAAGCCACAAUUAUGGGCCCACCCGACAGUCCUUACCAAGGCGGAGUGUUUUUUCUCACAAUCCAUUUCCCUACAGACUAUCCCUUCAAACCUCCUAAAGUCGCGUUCACGACCAAAAUAUAUCACCCGAACAUAAACAGCAACGGAAGCAUUUGUCUCGACAUUCUCAGAAACCAGUGGUCACCGGCUCUCACUAUUUCGAAAGUGCUAUUAUCAAUCUGUUCACUGCUAACUGACCCUAACCCAGACGAUCCACUGGUACCAGACAUCGCCAGGCAGUACAAACAGAACCGAGCGAAGUACAACGAGUCAGCCAAAGACUGGACCCGCAAGUACGCUAUGUAGCACCACCCUUAAUUAACUUCCUCCACAUGAACAACAGAUGACGCGGCUACCAGAUUAAGACAAUUAAGACCAGACGCGCGCCCAAAACAGACGAGGCACGAAUUCUAAAUAUCUGCAAAUAGAGGAACAACACCAUGUAUUAUUACUGAACAAAUGAACUUAUGACCUUGAAUGAAUAAAUAUAGAUCUAUUUAACAUGAAUAUAACGGGAAAAGGAUGUCGCCAUAUAAUGCUACUAGUUGCAUUCUUUUUCUAAAUUGUGUUGUCACACGUUCUACAAUGCAUUUGUAACCAUGCUGCUAUUCAGUGUGGAGUUUUUUACAAUUUAAAAUAUUAUUAGACGUCGAGCCACAACAGUUUGACACAUUUAGUAGCAGCAUAUUUGCUAUCAUGUUUGCCAUUGAAAUAGAUCUCAAGUUUUGAAAUGAUAUCAAUUCAUCGCCCAUAAAUCAAGCAUGUAAAGUAUAUGAAUGUGCGAUGAGUUGACCAAUUCUUUAACUUUAGAAAAUGGAACAAACAAAUACGACAUGAAUUUUAAAUUAACAUCGAAAGUUGUCUGUACCAUUUUUGUACUGUUACCGAUUUUGGAAAUAAUUCUGCCGAUUCAGAAGCAAAUAACUUUGCGAUGCUGAGCAUUCUUGAGUAUGUGUAGGCCCGUAGAAGUUGAACUCAAUUUGGAGUUGGUGACAAAUCAGAUGUCUAGGCAGAUUGUGUUACACGCAGAUUUCAACGAGUCGGUUUUAUUAAUUUUGAAAGUAAAGAUUGUAUAAUUUUUGUCCAUCUACAUGACAAUCUGGCAUAUUCACUCGUCUUCGAUCCUCUUGGCUUGUUAUAUUCCGAAGUUCAAUUAAUUUUUUAAUACA